UGAACAAGGAAGGGGACGGAGCAGGAAGGAAAAGACAAAGACACAGUGUUCCUUCAGAAAGUUUUUUUCUUUUCCCAUCCAGGGUAUUUGCAAGCCCUGCCAGAGAUGCAAUUGAGCAUUUCGGCCUCCACAGAUCUGUCAUUCUAAAUCUUUUCCAAGUAACCUGCAGAGGAACAUGAACUGGAACCUUGUGAUUCAACUUGUGACUGUUGUAAUUUUGAAGCUGAUGGCAUCUUCUCUGUUUCUGGUGUACUUUUCGCAGAUUUUCUAUACUCCUGUUCUGGAAGAAUCCACUGCCACCCCUAAAGACUGCUCUGUUGGCUGGGUAGCAUUCAAGGGCAAAUGUUACCACUUUUCUACCAUGUUACAAACGUGGGAGAAGCACGUGAAGGCCUGUUCUGAAUUUGAUUCUCGUCCCGCAGUUGUCAACACACAAGAAGAAUUGAAAUUCUUGAACAGCAGGACCCAACAUGAAAGAUAUUUUAUUGGCUUGACUCUAAGAGAUGGAAAAUGGACAUGGAUUGAUGGCACACAGUUUGACCCCAACAUAUUUGGUAUUGCACCGGGUCAGUUUGCAUGUGCUGUCAUUGGAUUGGAAUCCUCCAUUGAUUCAGCAUCCUGCUUUGGACCAUAUCGCUGUAUUUGUGAGAAGAAUGCAUAAGAGCCUUUCUGCACAUGGGAAUGUCUCAUUGAUGGAGAAGAUCUUGAUUCUGUUGUCAGCUUCCUAAACAAUCUUGGGCUACCAUUCAGCCUUAUUUGCUCAUAAUCAGUGUGCCCAGUCUGUUCCAGAAGAACACCAAAACGCAGAAGCAAUGUUGGAUUCCACAGGCACAUCUGCUUCAGUAUUGGCAACAUGUAAGCCUAUCGGACACAUAAACUUGCCUUACAACAGCCCUGUUCACAUGUUCCAGUAAACGAAUGUACAACCUGCAUGUAAGUGUGUACACCUGUUCAUAAGAAGGAGCCAACACACGUUCACAUCACAAAUGAAACUGGAUACCAGGAUAAAUGCAGGGUUUUAAAUCACAUGUUGAGCUGGUCACAUGUUAAACAUAAAAUAAGAAUUACUGUAUGCACCUAUAGAGACAAGUGGAGUGUACACUAUACAUGGAUUCUAUGUACAUUCACUGUAACUUGUAGACAUGACUACUGAGUCAGGGCAUUCAUCUGUCAAGGCCAGUGUUGUCUAAACAGGUUGGAAUUGUUUUGAGAGCACCUAAUAUCUUUUUUAGAUUCUGCAGACCAGGCCAUACCAAUCCACACCAAGGCUGAUUUUGCACUUUCAAAAUUCCCCAUAGUAUAUCUGGGAGCGUACCUGCUGCAGGGCUUCUCACCCUUCUCGUAGUUCCCCACAACUCCCCAGCUCUUCCUUCACUCCAGCCAGGGAUGCUGCGGGCAGCCUCCAUUUCCUGCCUUCUGGUUGAUCGAAUCUUGUUCCAUUUCCUGCCUUCUGAUUGGCCGAAUCUCGCUUUGUUUCCUGCGUUCCGAUUGGCCGAAUCUCGUCCCAUUCCCGCCACUCACUGACAGUAUUUUAUUUUAUUGUUAAAACUUUUUAUUUUUAAAACCUGGUAAU